GACAGAAGGCAGGGAGCAUGAGCCAGUCACCGCCCAACACCAUACAGCUCCAGUCUGUGGGUUCCCAGGGCACCCUGGCUCCCCUGCCACAGCCACCCGAUGUCCAAAAUCCCCCCUCUCACUCUUGGGCCUCUCUGUGUGGACCUCCUCCCUGGGGCCUCAGCUGUCUUCUGGCUCUGCAGCAUAUCUUGGUGUUGGCUUCUCUGCUCUGCGCCUCCCACCUGCUCCUGCUUCAAAGUCUCCCAGCAGGAGGACUCUCUUUCUCCCCUGCCCAGCUCCUGGCUUCCAGCCUCUUUGCAUGUGGCGUGUCUACCUCCCUGCAAACUUGGAUGGGCAGCAGGCUGCCUCUUGUCCAGGCUCCGUCCUUACAGUUUCUUAUCCCCGCCUUGGUGCUGACCAGUCAGAAGUUACCUCUGGCUCUCCGGACACCUGGAAACUCCUCCCUUGUCCUGCACCGCUGUGAGGGGCCUGGCUGCCAUGGCUUGGAACUCUGGAACACUUCUAUUCGAGAGGUGUCCGGGGCUGUGGUGGUCUCUGGGCUGCUGCAGGCCACUCUGGGGCUGUUGGGGGGUCCUGGCCACUUGUUCCCCCGCUGUGGGCCCCUAGUGCUGGCCCCCAGCCUUGUUGUGGCAGGGCUCUCUGUCUACAGGGAAGUAGCUCUGCUCUGCUCCACUCACUGGGGCCUGGCAUCACUGCUGAUUGUGCUCAUGGUGGUCUGUUCUCAGCACCUGGGCUCCUGCCUGCUACCCCCACGCCCCUGGAGGCCAGCUUCAACCUCUUCAACCCAUACUCACAUCCUGGCCUUCAGGCUUCUCUCGGUGCUGAUCCCAGUGGCCUGUGUGUGGAUUGUCUCUGCCCUUCUGGGUCUCAGCAUCAUCCCUGGGGAGUUGUCUGCCCCCACCGGGGCACCGUGGUUUUGGCUGCCUCAUCCAGCUGAGUGGGACUGGCCCUUGCUGACACCCAGGGCUCUGGCUGCAGGCAUCUCCAUGGCCUUGGCAGCCUCCUCCAGCUCCCUGGGCUGCUAUGCCCUCUGUGGCCAGCUGCUGCGUUUGCCUUCUCCACCUCCGCAUGCCUGUAGCCGAGGGCUGAGCCUGGAGGGACUGGGCAGUGUGCUGGCUGGGCUGUUGGGAAGCCCCAUGGGCACUGCAUCCAGUUUCCCCAACGUGGGCACGGUGGGUCUUCUCCAGGCUGGACCUCGGCGAGUGGCCCACUUGGUGGGGCUGUUCUGCGUGGCGCUGGGGCUCUCCCCGAGGCUAGCCCAGCUCCUCACCACCAUCCCGCUGCCUAUGCUUGGUGGGAUGCUGGGAGUGACCCAGGCAAUGGUUCUGUCUAGUGGAUUCUCCAGCUUCCACUUGGCUGACAUUGACUCUGGGCGGAAUGUCUUCAUUGUUGGCUUCUCCAUCUUCACGGCCCUGUUGCUGCCGAGGUGGUUUCGGGAAGCGCCAGUCCUACUGAGCACAGGCUGGAGCCCCUUGGAUGUCCUACUGCGCUCAUUGCUCACAGAGCCCAUCUUCCUGGCGGGACUCUUGGGCUUCCUCCUAGAGAACACCAUUUCUGGCACACGGCUUGAGCGAGGCCUAGGGCAAGGGCUGCCACCUCCUUUUACUGCCCAAAAGGCUCCGAUGCCUCAGAAGUCCAGGGAGAAGGCAGAUAAAGAGUACGAGCUUCCUUUCUCCAUCCAAAACCUGUGUCCCUGCAUUCCCCAACCCCUCCGUUGCCUCUGCCCGCUGCCCCAAGACUCUGGGAAUGAGGAAAGAGGGCCCGCUGAGCCCGGAGAGACAGCUGACUUGCUGCCUGACUUUGGGGACCAGUGCCCUCAGCCUAGCAGAGGAGAGUCCCAGUAA